CAAUUUUCUCCUUUUUCCUCUCAUUUCUUUGUACAUACCUCAACUCUCAUUCUUUUUGUCACCCUCUACUUCGCAUCUCAACAAUAAUAUCACCAGAAAAUUGGAAUUCAAGUAAGCCCCCUUUUGACCCAAUUGAUCUCUCUCACCUCAGAUAUUUUCCCCUUUCCCCAAUUCAUGGACCUCAGGACCGUACUUCUCUACUCACAUUUUGCUCUCUUCCUCUCCACUUCCCUCGUCUUUGCUGGCGACAUAGUUCACCAAGAUGAUAUUGCUCCCAAGAAGCCUGGCUGUGACAACAAUUUCGUACUGGUUAAAGUCCCUAUUUGGCUAGAUGGUGUUGAGGUAACACAAUUCGUUGGUAUCGGUGCUCGAUUUGGUCCGACAUUGGAGUCACAGGAGAAGCGUGCCGACCAGAUUAUAGUUUCUCUUGCAGACCCUCCUGAUUGUUGUAGUACACCAAGGAACAAGCUGACAGGUGAGGCUAUCUUGGUGCACCGGGGGAACUGCAGUUUUGUUACCAAAGCAAAAGUUGCAGAAGCCGCUGGUGCUUCAGCUCUACUAAUCAUAAACAAUCAGACAGAUCUCUUCAAGAUGGUGUGUGAGAAAAAUGAGACUGUUGUAGAUGUUGGCAUACCGGUAGUCAUGCUUCCGCAAGAUGCUGGUGGGAGCUUGAAAGUUAGCAUGAAAAACAGUUCGCACGUUUCCAUCCAGAUUUACUCGCCAAAACGCCCGUUGGUUGAUGUUGCUGAAGUGUUUUUAUGGCUGAUGGCUGUCGGUACUGUCUUGUGUGCAUCUUAUUGGUCUGCAUGGAGUGCUAGGGAAGCAGCUAUUGAGCACGACAAGCUUUUAAAGGAUGGUUUUGAUGAACACUUAACCAGCGAUACUCACCAUUCAAGUGGUCUAAUCGAGAUCAACACAGCCUCGGCAAUUUUCUUUGUCGUGUUUGCCUCUUGUUUCUUGGUUAUGCUCUACAAGUUGAUGUCUUACUGGUUCAUUGAAAUUCUCGUGGUUGUGUUUUGCAUAGGUGGUGUAGAGGGGUUGCAAACUUGUCUAGUGGCCAUUUUAGCCUGUUUCAGAUGGUUUGAACAUGCUGCAGAGUCGUUUGUCAAAAUACCUGUUCUCGGAUCUGUAUCAUAUCUGACACUCGCUGUUUCUCCAAUUUGCAUAGCAUUUUCUGUUUUAUGGGCAGUGUACCGCAGUGCCUCUAUCGCUUGGAUUGGCCAAGAUAUACUUGGAAUUGCGCUUAUCAUAACUGUUCUCCAAAUAGUACGCAUUCCAAAUCUCAAGGUUGGAACAGUUUUACUGAGCUGUUCGUUCUUGUAUGACAUCUUUUGGGUUUUUUUGUCAAAAUGGUGGUUCCAUAAGAGUGUGAUGAUAGUGGUAGCUCGUGGUGACGGGAGUGGAGAAGAUGGUAUUCCCAUGCUACUCAAAAUCCCUCGAAUGUUCGACCCUUGGGGUGGAUUUAGUAUCAUCGGAUUUGGUGAUAUUAUCAUACCUGGACUGCUAGUAACUUUUUCACUAAGGUAUGAUUGGCUGUCUAAGAAAAGCCUAAAAGCUGGAUAUUUCCUGUGGGCAAUGCUGGCUUAUGGUUUAGGUCUGCUAAUUACUUAUGUGGCUCUGAAUCUGAUGGAUGGACAUGGCCAGCCUGCCUUACUAUACAUUGUCCCUUUCACUCUAGGGACUCUGAUAGUGUUGGCGAACAAGAGAGGUGAUCUAAAGCAUCUUUGGACAGUCGGGGAGCCUUACAGACCCUGCCCGCACGUUCGGCUUCAACAGGACGAACAAUGACAGUUUCGACACCAUUAACACAAUUCUUGGCGACUCAAGCGACCCUCUUACUACAUGCUCUCUAUGAGAUUAGGUGUUCUCUUGUGUAGAGGCUUUAGUGUACCACUACGGAUAGGAAUAAAAUGCUUCUUGUUUUCUGACUAUGUACCUCUAAACUUAAAUCAAAUAAACUUAUAUUUCAUUUUA